AUGCUGUCCUGUCCUCCCACCCUGGGUCUGGGUGGUCUGGGCACCGGUAGCCUACCGGCGCUGGUCAGCCACCGAUGGACAGGUGCUGGGGCUUCCCGUCGUGCUCCGAAGUCUGAGCCAAGAGUUUGGUUGCAGAUGGGCCUAGGUGCAGGCUUGGCCCUGGCCGCCAAAGCCAGAUAUGCGCCGCAGCCCAAGCUAGACCCGGAGCUGGUGGGGCUCUCCAUGUUGAACAAGGAUCUGGUGGAUGAUGGGGAGGAUUCUGAAUCCUUCAAGCCGCGAGAUUCUGCCGGCGAAGCAGAUGAGUCAUGGGCCUUUUGGGAGGAGCAGAAGAAUCCCACCAAAGGCGCUGGCAACCAACCCCGCGAAAAGUUGGCCGCUGAGCUGCCUUCGCCGCUGCCUUCCUUGGAGCCGCCGCCCAAGGAGGACGAGGAUGUCAUGGAUCAGGAGACGAGCUUCAGGAAGGCUUAUGGCACAGAAGCCAUCAUCAUGGGCACCUUUGGCUACAGUAAAGAUAGAGUUUCGCAGUAUUCCACGUUCCAAGAGGCGGUGGAGGAGUUCGGCUACCCGCCCUUCCUGCAGGCGGCCUUGGCUCGUCGCGGUUUCUUUUAUUUGACGCCCGUGCAGCAAUGCUCUCUGACCACCGCAUACCUGCUGCCCAUUCUCAAAAGCUUGAACGAGGUGCUCUGCCGUGCCACAACCUUCCCAUGA